ACUUCCAGUUUCACUCCGAACGUCAUUGGCACCUGUCAUGUCAUUUCUCCGAUCCGCUCUCGUUUGUCCGUGGUCGUGAAUGUAGUAGGCGGAGUUCAUUACAAUUAUUUUUUAGUUUAGUGUUCUCGUUCCACUUUUCGAGAGUAUCUUUUUAUUUUUAAAUCAAGUGCUCUGUGCUGUGUUUUACGCUUUCGCCUUGUUCGUGUGUCGAAACGGCUGUGUUCAAAUUCCUUGAAAUGGUUUUGUGAUAUGAUGUCAUUUUUCUGUUUGAAACCUUGACAACAUGAGUGCUAGUGUCGAUCUGGACGUGUCCAGCCCUCUGUCGGAGGGCCAGAGCGCGGCUUCGGAUCAUAUCUCGAAGUCUUCGUCGGAGAGUCCUUGUAGUAGUAAAAUCAACGAUGUUACGGCAGGUCAGGAAAACAAAGCUGAUUCGUCGGAGCCAACGACUCCGAAGCCUUUCCCGAUGGCGUUCACGAUUGAUUUCGGGAGCGCGAAGCCCGUGGACAACCGCAGACUCGAGGAGUUAGCGAAAAAGUCCCAAGCGAGGCACCAGAGGGUCCAGUCUAUGUCUGCAAGUCUAACUAGACCGGCCCCCGCGGUCCAGAAGCCCCCGAUGAGCGCCAAGCUGCCCAGAAAGGCACAAGGAUACAACUCCGAAGGCUACUUCUCCUCUGACCAAGAAGAUUCCAACCUCUCCGGCUCAGUGAAACUCCGUCACAGUCCGCUAGCCCAAAGCAUGCACGCAACUUCUCCUGUGGUCAACAGACAUAUCAAAUCUCCAAUCGAAUCUGUCCACUCUAAAAGAACGUCCAAAAGCCCGAUAGUCGAUAGCAUUAUGUCGAGAAGUGAGAACUUCACUUCGCGGCAAGGUCUGAAUCUGCCUAUCAAGAACCCAACUAGUUCCUAUUCCAGAGACGUCCAUAGAACGCCUAGUUAUGGCAACCUGUCUGCUAGCUAUCAACCGAGAACCCUCAUGACUGAUAUAAUCGAUCGGAGCCCUGAAGGUGUGAUGCUCACUGAUAUCUCUAGUCCUGAAUUAGAUAUCUUAACACCGGACAACGGCUUGUCCACACCGGAACCAGUUAAGAGUCCUCAAAUCCGUAAAAGCAGAGCAUCUUCAGAAACGCCUGAUUUGUUCAAAAAGUGUGUACCGAAAGUUGAACCGUUGUACAUUGAUGAUGAUGUUGAUCAGCAAUCGAAUAAUUCUUCCACUGGUACGUAUACAAUCGAGGGUGAUAAUUACACCGAAGAACAAAAGGCUAGAAUGAGUAUAGACAGGACUUUUGGUGCUAAUUUGUUAGAUGAAGCGAUUGAAGACUCCUUGAAAAAACAUAGUACUGAGAGGGACCCUGAACUGAUCUUCGACUUCCAAAACCCCAGGGUCAUAACGAAAGAACCAAGAAGAGACACCGGUCUCCGUAGUCCUCUAUCAACGAACAAAACCUUUGAUUUGCCUAACAAAGUUUCUAAAGACAAAAAUGUGUUAGAAAUCUCGUGCUGCUACGAAUCUCCCACAGAGCACGAUUUGGCAGCACAGACUUCUAAACAGAUAAAAUCCACUAGGAGUUAUCUUGAAAAAAUUAAGAACAGAGUUAGGACAAUAACAGAGAAAACGUUUCCUAAAUCUCCACCAAAACAUGAGGAGGAGCCGGAUAUGGGAAGUUUUACUUCGGUGACCACAUCAGGGGUGUUGAGUUCUAAAAACCCGGUGAAAAUUGAACCUCCAAUUCAGUACAGAAGGAGGUGUAGUUUAGCCAAAUCCGAAAUAGACCAGACAGACUACGUUCACCGGUUAUGCAGAGAGACAUCCGUCCCUGUAUCGUUGCCUAGUAACAAACUCCCGUUUGACGAUGCCAAAUUUGAGAGCACUGCAUUGAAAAACGCUCAGAAAGCCAUGAGAGACGACAGCGGGGUCUCUUCGGACAUAACCCCAGACCAAGUAGUAGGAAAGUUGUCGUAUUUAAGCCUGAACCGGUGCAAAGGGGAUAAGACCUGGAUUCAGGACUGGGCGGAGAGUGUCAAGAAGUAUAACAACAAUACGCUGGCAACGAAGGACGAGUUGAACACCACUUUCAUCAUGGACGGUGACCGACCACCACUGAGUCCUAGACAUAUACCAGGAAAACCUCGUAGUCCCAUGGGUGGGACACCUACAAAGAUCCCCAGUCCAGUGGGCACGCUACUUCAUAGGCGAACACCG